AAGCCUCGUCCAUCACCUCAAAACCCACCAACCUUCACCACGGAUGCAAGCACAAUCCUCACAGACGUCAAGCGCAUAAUCGCGCAUUCUCGAAAAGUGCAAGAAACGAUCUUGACAACCAUCAAUUUAGAAACUGCAACUUUCGCCAAUGUGGUCGUACCGCUCGCUCGCAACCAAAACUCUGUUUCUCGUCAGCCGCCCAUACUGAGCUUUUACGAAGCAGUGUCGCCAGAUGAGAAACUCCAAGAUGCUUCUGCCGAAGCCGAGAAACUAUAUGCGGAGUUUGAGAUUGAGACGAAUAUGCAUGAGGGUAUGUUCAGGUUGGUUGAUGCAGUGGUAAAGAAGAAUGAGGACUUGGAGCCAGAAGAUAGAAGACUGUUGGAAAGGUAUCAUAGACUUUAUAUUCGGAAUGGUCUUGGUAUGCCUCCUGAAAACCGCGUGCGUUUCAAGGAAAUCCAAAAGCAACUUCACCAAUUGACGAGUGAGUUCGAGAAGAACUUGAGAGGAGGGAGUGAGGGUGUUUGGUUCAAUAUCGAAGAAUUGGCUGGUUUACCAGAUGAUCUGGUGUCUUCUUUGACUCGGGACGACAAACACGAUGGGAAAAUACUACUGACCUUUGGCUUUCAGCAUCUGUCCACAGCAAUGAAGUACGCGACAAACAGCGAAACUCGGCAGAUUUACUUCACCGCCUACGAAAACAAAUGUCCCAAGAACGUUCCCUUGUUCAAAGAAAUCAUGAUUCUCAGGCACGAAUCUGCUCAACUCCUUGGAUAUGCCAAUCACGCCACUUUUCGGAUCGAAGACAAGAUGGCUAAGAACCCAGAAUCAGUGAUGAGUUUCCUCGACAACCUGCACUCAAGACUUUCUGUCGGGGUCAAAAGUGAUGUUGAUGUUCUCAAAAGGCUCAAGAACAGAGAUCUUGAGAUGCGCGGCGAAGUGUCUGAUGGAAAGUUGUAUCUCUGGGAUCAUCCAUUCUAUAAUCGCAUGAUGCUCGAGACAGAACAUUCCGUCAAUCGACAAGAUAUUGCCGAGUAUUUCGCUCUGGAAACGACAGUCACGGGCGUCAUGGGUAUCUUUUCCCAGCUCUUUGGCAUGGUAUUUGAAGAGAUUGUUGGGGAGCACGAAGAUGUUCUCUCGUCCACUGGCAACGGCAACGACCUUGUCUGGCAAGAAGAUGUCCAAAUCUUCGCUGUCUGGGAUGAUGAUCAAGAGGGUGGCUCAUUCCUCGGAUACCUCUAUCUCGACCUCUACCCGCGAAAGGGAAAAUUCGGAGGCAUGUGCAACAUGAAUCUGCAAUGCCUGACAUCCAAACCCAGNGGUUCCGAAGAGGAGAACAAUACACGCCACUACCCAGCCACCGCCCUCCUCUGUAAUCUACCCAAACCGACCGCGACAAAACCCUCCCUCCUCACCCACGAACAAGUCCAACUGUUCUUCCACGAACUAGGCCAUGGUAUCCACGACCUCGUCGCUCGCACAAAGUACUCUAUCUUCCACGGCACAGCCACCGUCGACGACUUCUGUGAAGCCCCGUCUCAGAUGCUGGAAUUCUGGUGUUGGGUUCCAGACCUUCUACAAUCACUGAGCCAUCACUACACAUACUUAUCCCCCAAUUACCUCACUGCCUGGAAGCAAGAACACCCCACAAAACCGCAGCCAGAACAACACAUCCCCAUCAACACAAUCGAAAAACUCGUCAAGGCAAAGAACGUAAACGGAAGUCUAUUCCAAAGCCGUCUUUUGCAUCGAAGCUACUUCGAUAUGAUUGUGCAUCAACCAUCUACCCUGCAAGAAAUCCUCGACAUGGAUAUUGCUGAGCAGUGGAAUAGUCUGCAAGGGCGAAUUUCCUAUCUCGAUACUGGUGACGAGUAUAAAGGGCUAGGAUAUGCGAAUUUCGAUGCUGUGAUUCGUGUCUAUGAUGUUGGGUUUUAUGGUUAUUUAUAUUCAAGAGUUUAUGCUGCGGAUAUGUUCUAUUCUGUCUUCAAGGAUGAUCCGAUGGAUCAAGCACAGGGAAGAAGGUACAGACGUACGAUACUGGAAAAGGGGGCUAGUGUCGAUGAGAUGACCACCUUGGUGGAGUUUCUAGAUAGGGAGCCUAGUGCAGAGGCAUUCUACAGGGAUUUGGGUUUGGAG